GUCACGUGUCUGCCGGGACAGUCCGACUGGAAAAACGACUGGAAUAAACAUCGGGGUUUAAAACGAAUAAUUAUAUCUGUUUUCUAGUUAUAACGGACGCCCUUUUUUGGAUUCAUGCUAGAGCCGUACGGAGGUAGGAGGCUGGCUCUCAGGCGAGACUCAUAAAACCCUGGCGUACAGAAUGGAGAUCCGCUGCUGCUUUACGGACUUUAUCUACUCAGACGAAGCUAAACGAUUGCUCCUUUAUUCUAUUAGCACUUAGCAUUAGAUCUUUUCCAGCGAUUUUUAAUAUAACAAUAUUUAUUUUUUAAAUUAUUUUAUUCCUCAAUCAGUUUUUGUCUUUUGUGUGUUAUUUUACGUAACGAUCUGUUUAUAACAAUAGUCUCCACAUUUAAGCCAGUAUCACUUUGAUUUUUGUUAGCAUUUAGCCCAAUGGUGCUUAUAUUAAUUUCUGGCAUAGUAUUCUGAGCUUUUCGGCUUUCUAAAUUACGUCACGUUUUUAAUUUUUUUUUUUUUUACAAAAUGAACUCCGGUCGGGCUCCUGGAAUACGACUAAUAACGUCGUUUUCUCGAGAUAGUUGGUAUCGCAGUUUUAUUCUUUUUCUCACGUUCCUUUUUUACACGGCAUACCACUUGUCACGGAAACCUAUCAGCAUUGUCAAGAGUGAGCUGCACAGAAACUGCUCCAACAUCAUUCGACCUGCUGACCUUAACAUAACCAACAAUGCUACCUGGUGUAAUUGGGUGCCUUUUGAUGGAGACAACUAUCAGACAAUAUUCGGGAUCUUGGAUAAUUGUUUCCUGGUCACAUAUGCCAUUGGCAUGUUUUUCAGUGGCAUAUUUGCAGAGCGCCUCCCACUGCGUUACUACCUGAGUGUUGGGAUGCUGUUGAGUGGGCUGUUCACGUGUCUCUUUGGCCUCGGCUUCUACUUGAACAUUCACUCAUUGAGUUAUUACGCUUUUGUCCAGGUCAUGAAUGGGCUUGUGCAGACCACAGGUUGGCCAGCAGUGGUGGCUUGUGUCGGCAACUGGUUUGGAAAGGGGAAGCGUGGCUUCAUCAUGGGUGUGUGGAACUCCCACACCUCUGUGGGAAACAUCUUGGGUUCACUCAUAGCAGGAGUCUUUGUAUCCUCAGCGUGGGGACUGUCCUUCAUCAUUCCUGGGGCUAUCAUCGCUUCCACUGGAAUCAUCUGCUUCUUCUUCCUGGUGGAGAGACCUGAAGAUGUAAAUUGCACUCCUCCUCAACACUAUAACAAUCAAGAUCUUGGUGAAGUACAGCCUCUCUUGCAGGGAACGCUCGCAGAUUCUAAUGGCGCCAUCUCCACUGAGACUACGGUGAUUGUUGAAGACCACACCGAGGCCAUCAGCUUCUGUGGAGCUCUAAAAAUACCAGGAGUGGUGGAGUUUUCUCUGUGUCUGCUGUUUGCCAAACUUGUCAGCUACACCUUCCUCUACUGGCUGCCUCUUUACAUCUCCAAUGUUGCUCAUUUCGAUGCAAAAGAAGCAGGAGACAUGUCAACACUGUUUGAUGUUGGGGGAAUUGUGGGAGGCAUCAUGGCUGGUGUGGUGUCAGAUUAUACUGGUGGAAGAGCAACAACCUGCUGGGUCAUGUUAAUGAUUGCUGCGCCCAUGCUUUUCCUCUAUAACAGCAUUGGACAAACUAACCUCACUACUACCAUCGUUAUGUUGCUGGUGUGUGGAGGCUUGGUGAACGGACCCUACGCUCUCAUCACUACUGCUGUAGCUGCCGACCUGGGCACACACGAGAGUCUCAGAGGAAACUCCAGGGCCCUGUCGACUGUUACAGCCAUUAUUGACGGGACUGGAUCAAUAGGAGCUGCGUUGGGCCCUCUGCUGGCAGGGGUGAUUUCUCCCACAGGCUGGAACAAUGUCUUCUACAUGCUGAUGUCUGCAGACAUCUUGGCCUGUUUGCUUUUGUCCAGACUUGUUUAUAAGGAGGUGAGAGGCUGGUGUGGACAUCUACCCAGGGUCAGGGGGUUUAAAGAAAUCUGAGUUGCUCAAACAAGUCAACGCACAAAAUAUGGAAACAAUUUAAUGCUGACCUCAGUGUACAGUGGACCACGUCUGAACAGAAGCUCAAAUAUCUGCUGAAGAUUAAGGAGGAUACCCAGAUGAUUGAUCCUUCCAUGUAUAGAAAAACAGUGAAAAGUGUCUCUGUAGAGACAGAGCUUUUUAUCACCCAUCUGUUAAUUCUUACCAGUCUGUUUUAAUAUUCUGUUACCAUAAAAGUGUAUAUAGUGUGCCAUUUUUAAGGUUUGUCUUUUUCUGUGGGUUCUGUAUCUUUACAAUUAUUACAAUGUGCUGUUACCAGAUUUGAUAUUUUAGAUAUUAUAUAGACUUUGGCAUGUACAUAUGUGUACAAAAUCUUGUGUUGCAGAAAAAAACAAUAAAGCUUUUUGUCCAGCCCGGGG